CAGGUGUGUCACUGCUUGUUUGGAACAAAGGUUUGAUACACUUUAACGCAUUCCUUUCCUUUGCUGUGCUUCUGAAGGCUUGGUCUUUUUACACUUUUCCUUCAGACAAAUGGAGUCCAGUUUCAUCAAAGAGCUCCUCAGUUUGUGUCUUCUGAAGAUUGACAUUCUGGAAAGUACAAGUUCAGAACUUGAGUUCAUCGAGGUGUUGAAGAACUAUGAGGCCACCAGGCUACGCUGGCUGCAGGCCGCGCAGGAGCUGAAGAAGCAUAAGGAGGUCCUGGUGAAAUCCGAGGUGGCUCGCACUGCGCUGGAGGUGAAGCUCAAACACGCCCGCAACCAGGUCGAUGUGGAGAUCAAGAAACGCCACAAAGCUGAGGCCGACUACCAGUACUUGGAGAGGCAGAUGCAAUUGAUCUGCGAGAUUCUGGUACACGAUACCAAGUCCAACGCUUGCCUGAAUGAGGAGCAGCAAUCAAUGCUGGCCAACUUCAAUCGCAGAGGAGACAAUGCCGCUCGACACAAAAGCAAAAGAUUAUCUGUGAUUGACGAGUCAUCUUUCCUGUCUCACUCUGACAUUAGUUAUGACCGAACUGAUGAUGACCUGGACCUGGAUUCAACUGUAGUCAAGCCACUCAAGUCACGAGCUCGGGAGAAAAGGCGCUCCAUGGGACCAUGUGUAGGCCCUCCUAUUCUGAAACGCGGGAAAUUCGGUGGCUGCUCUGCAGACCUGCUGGGGGAAAGACCUGUGGAGAAAGAAAUUGAAUCAACUAUUGUGAAAGCCUCUGUGACCACACCUGAGAGUGGAGGUCAGAUUCACAUGGUCAUAGACAUUACCCAAGAAACCCCGGAGAAAAAACUCAAGACUUUCAGGAGCGAGAGCUUUCCCUCCACUGCAGAGCAAACCUCCAUUUGGUCUCCAGCAAAGGAAAAGAAUACAGACAUUGUCACUGAGAUGGAGGUAACUACCGCAGACCCCAACCUUUGCCAGGUGUUUAGUCCAACUAUACACCAUCAAGUGUUGCGGCACGUCUUUUUGUCCAAAACGGUGAUCCGGCCGGAAGUGUGCAUGCCGUGCGGGAAGAGGAUCCGGUUUGGGAAGAUGGUGGUGAAAUGCCGGGACUGCCGCCUUGUGGCCCAUCCAGAGUGCAAAGACAAGUGCUCGCAGACCUGCAAUCCCAAUCCAGCUAUCCCCAACCCCAGCGCUCCGAUGGACACUUUGGAGAGUUUUGCUCCUGCCACUCGACCUCGCAUCCCUCUUCUGAUCAUACAGUGUGUGAACGAAAUCGAGAAACGAGGCCUUGAAGAAAAAGGCAUUUACCGGGUGCCCGGUGGGGAGCGAGCUGUAAAGGACCUGAGGGAGAAGUUUAUUCUGGGAAAAGGGCCUCUGAUCCUCGGUAAGGAGGAGAUCCAUGUCCUCUGCGGCCUCCUCAAAGACUUCCUGCGGAAGCUGAAGGAACCUCUCGUCACCUUCAGGCUGCACAGGACCUUCAUGGAUGCUUCAGAGAUCCUGGACAAUGAUAACAGCACUGCGGCGAUGUACCAGGCCAUCGGAGAGCUACCGCAGCCCAACAAGGACACGCUGGCUUUCCUCAUGCUGCACCUACAGAGGGUGAUGCAGAGCCCUCUGUGUAAGAUGGAUCUCAACAACCUGGCCAGGGUGUUUGGACCCACCAUCGUUGGCCACAGUAUGCCAGAACCUUCCCCCAUGACCAUUAUGAAGGACACAAACACCCAGCCAAAAGUGGUUGCCCGAAUGCUGUCCUUCCCGCCGGAGUACUGGAAAAACCUCAUUAUGGUCGAGAGGGGCCACGCCAUCUCCUCUGUGGUCAACGCCAUCUCCUCCGUGGUCGACGGCAACAUCAAAAAUGAGGACAGGUGCAAGGAUAGAGAUCGCCUGUUCAAACCCCUGACCUCUCCAGAGCACAGUCACUACCCACAGACCUCUGCCAGUGGCUCUCUGAAGGGCAGAUUCAGGACCCUGGGCACAGCUUUGAACAGCACGGGCAAAUACAAGACUGACCCAAGCAAGAAAAGGUUCUUUACAUCUCCAAGCUGACUGAGUAGGAGUCUGUGUGCCUUGUGUUAAAUUGGCAAUUUAGACCAAUGGACAAUUAACACAUUCACCCAUUGUGUGGUAAAAUAAUUUUCACUUGGCAUAGGGUCGUCUUGUUGGGACUUGAGCACUGGGAUUGAUUUGGGGCACUUGUAAAAUAAAACUGCAUUGAAAUUGA